CACCGCAGCACGAGCAUCCAAACUGUCUGUCUGUCCGCGCGAGCGAGAGAGCGAGCGAGCUCUGCCAGCCGGUAACCGAAAAAACAAAAAACCUCACCGAGCAACAUGUGUUGAAGUACUUCAGAGUACGCGUUUGUUUCGAUGGAUGCUGACUGGAUUUGACAGCAUUGGUCGGGGCCUGCAAGCGGAUAACUACGCCACAGAUACAUGUCAGGACCAGACAGAGCCAGCGCCCACAGGCACACUCAUGGCCUUGUAAGCAGUGACUGCAAACCGUACUAUCAAGGAAAUUCCACGGUCCUCCAGGGUCACCUCCGUGGGUUCUCUAUCUGGCGGUUUGUACAGCUGCACAAGCUGCUGUUUCCACAACACACGCACACAAAAACACACACAGAGCACACAUUGUAUGGACGUGUUGUCUUAGUCAUUCAAGAGGUCGCUGGAAGCUGGAAGCUGUUGUUUUUUCCCCCCCUAGCACAGGCCCAUGAUCAUGGUGGCUCACUAAGAUUGAAAAAGAAGAAGAAGUUUGGGUCUGUUAUGUAGCAUGACCUGAAGUGGAUCUCCCUCAUCAUCUAACUGCAGCGAAACAGAAGAUAAAUCAGCACGCCCCAGGGAGACGCGAUGGCUACUGAAGAAAAUCAGACACAGGUCGUGGCUGCAGUACUGGCUCGGCGCGCUUCGCCUCCAUCCACUGGCAGCAGAUCCAGCAGGGAAGCCAGACAUGCAAAUAACUGCCAGGAAGCACAGCGAUACGCUGACCAAUUGUGGCACUCAAAAGAGCGGAGCAGCCCGCCCCUCCUCUUUUACAGGAAGUUAUCUUGUGACAGCGGGAAAGGCACAAUUUUGGAUGAGGAAUACGACUGUUUGGAUUGCGGCUCAAAGAUCCUGAAUGCAGAAGAGAAACUUUAUCCGGAGCCGUCGGCUGGCAAGAGUAUUGAAGGAAUAGCUAACCCGGUUACUCCGAUACCUGGGGAAAGUUCAGAAGGCUCUCCUUGCCAGCUGGACACCUCAGGAGAGGGUGUGGACACUGGCAGAAACAGAACUGGCAGCACCCGCUGCUCCUGCACCAUGUCGAGCCUUUACGUGAGUCCAAACAUCUACUGUUGCCAUACACCCAGAUCCAGCCCCGGCUCAGUUCACAGUCCUCGCCUUAGCUCCAUCCCCUCUCAGCCAACCCGGCGACACGUCCGUCGCAGCAGCCUGCCUGUGUCCAUGCUGGCUUUCCACAAGACAUCAGCCUGCCUCUCAUCUCGGUCCAGCCCAUCCAGCGAACCGGGCUCUUUGGUGUCGUCCCCCUGUAACUCUCCCCUCCCCAACCACCGGCAGCAUCACCAAAAUGGACACAUCCACAGGCACCACCUCAAAGAUGGCUACUCGAGUUUGGAGAGGCUCAACCGAAGGCCCAGGCUUGACAAAUUCUCCUUGGAGAAAAUGUUCCUACGACGGGCAUCGCUAGACACCAUGACAACAACGCGGGGGCACGACGAGAGGUCGUCCUCGGGCGUUGCCAGAUAUUGCAGCGGGGGCAGCAGCAGCAGUGAAGAGGGCGAUGGAGAGGGUCUCUCGGAUAACACCGAGUUUAUUAGGAACCGUAAAGAGCGGUCCACUGUUCUGGUGAGGCGUUUCUUCAAGAAUAAUCAAAAGGUGACCAAGUCGGUGUGUACUGGAACCAGAGCGAUUGUGAGGACGCUGCCGUCGGGACGAAUCUCGGAGGAGGUCUGGGAGGUGGUUGUUUAUCGCAGGAUGUGGCGACCCAGCAAGAAGGACGUAUGGCCAAUCUUAACGCGCCGCGCGGGAGAAGAAUUAAGAGUCUGCAGGGAGAUACUACGUCUUGUCGGAGUUAAGCUACGGCAGGUCAGCAGCUAUGUGCAGGACAGAGAGGAGCUCAGUUUGAUUCAUCCUGCCAAGAAGCUCCUGCUGUCUUGCCCUGGAUCUGUGUGUCUCAGGGAGUCUCGCUGGCGAUCGCACACUGCCAGCGCCAGCGCCAGCCCGGCCAGACUGAAUCUGAACCACUGCCUUAUUCCCUGGUGUUGUCAUCCUUCUCAUCCAUCCAGGUUUUAUCGUGCUUGUACUCAGAGGACGUCAGUGUGUUCGCUGUUGACCGGAGCACUACUAGAGGCCACAGCUGCUCUCGGUGCUCGCUCCGCUCUGCCUUACCCUUUGCCCCAGGCCCCCAACAGCCACGCCGUCCUGAAAGAGCGUCAGCUGGCCAACAGCAUGACCAGCAGCAGCUCUCUUCCACCCAACGUCAGCGGGAUCAGUAAGGAGCUGGCAGAGGUGCGCCAUCUUGUUCAGUUCCCCGAGGAGAUCGCCUGUAUCCUCACCGAGCAAGAGCAGCAACUCUACCAACGGGUCUUUCCUCUGGACUACCUCUGUUUUCUCACCCGAGACCUGGGCAGUCCCGACUGUCAGAGCAAACGCCACCCAAACCUCAAGGCCUCGCUUUCAGUGCCCACCAUGCCCACCCAGAGUGCUCAGCGAAGUAAUGCUGUGGAGGACCUGGUGGCACGUUUCAAUGAGGUGAGUUCGUGGGUGACGUGGCUGAUCCUGACGGCGGGGUCCAUGGAGGAAAAGAGGGAGGUUUUCUCCUACCUGGUCCAUGUCGCAAAAUGCUGUUGGAACAUGGGAAACUACAACGGUGUCAUGGAGUUUCUGGCUGGACUCAGGUCCCGUAAGGUGCUGAAGAUGUGGCAGUUUAUGGACCAGUCAGACAUCGAGACCAUGAGAAGCCUAAAGGAUGCCAUGGCUCAGCACGAGUCCUCGUCCGAGUACAAGAAAGUUGUGACAAGAGCUCUCAAUAUUCCAGGAUGCAGGGUGGUACCUUUCUGUGGGGUUUUUCUGAAGGAGCUGAGUGACGCGUUGGACGGGACAGCAAGCAUAAUCAGCCUCAAACCACCUCUAGAUAACACAGAGGACUCUGUUGAGUUUGUCUCUGACUACAGUGGCCAGCAUAACUUCAUGUCACGGUCUGGUCCGGAUGGUCUACACGUCCCAGAGAAAGAAGCUACUGUCAGCAACAUCCUCCAGAUUAUUAGAUCUUGCAAUCGUAGUUUGGAGGCAGAGGAUCCCGAUGAUGUGUCCACCAGUCCCUCUUCGACUGGCCCGUCCCCUGCAUCCAGAAACAACUCCUUCAGGGACCGCUGCCGCAAUCAAUUCAUGGUUGGGGACUUGUCGGAUUCGGAGAGCGACUUGUCUUCUGAGCCGGUGGUGAAAGACGUGGAGUUUCAGGGCACUGAGGAGACACACAGAGCGUUCAGCCAUGGCACUGAGCUCAUUCCCUGGUACGUGUUGUCGCUACAACCAGACGUUCACCAGUUCCUGCUGCAGGGAGCUACAGUCAUCCACUACGACCAGGACAGCCACCUCACAGCUCGGUGUCUGCUGCGACUGCAACCUGACAACACAACACUCACCUGGGGUAAGCCUCAGAGUGGAGGGGCUUCUCCCACAGAGCCACCACUGGGAUUAGGACAGACUGUAGUGGCGGGGCUAGCAGAGGGCCUUUUGGACCUCGGAGUGGUGAAGGCGGUGUUUCUGGGUCAUCAGGGAGUAGAUGUUCACGCUGUAUGUCUGCAAAACAAGCUGAGCCAGAUGACGGUGGAGGAAAACGGCCUCAGCCUCCUCUAUGGCCUCAGUACCACCGAUAACAGACUCCUGCACUUUGUGGCCCCCAACCACACGGCACGAAUGCUCCACAAGGGUCUGUCAGAGUUGGUGAAUGCAACCAGGAAAUUAAAGAAGUUUCCUGAUCAAAGGUUGCAGUGGCUGAGGAGGCAGUAUGUCAGUUUGUAUCAGGAGGACGGCAGGUACGAAGGCCCUACGCUAGCCCACGCCAUCGAGCUGUUUGGCGGGCGGAGGUGGAACAUGGGUACAGGUGGAGUGGAGAAAUCUGCCGGGCAGAAAAACAGUCCUCUGAGCAUCAACGAUAAGACCAAGAAGAAAAAGAAAGUCCUCGUGAGGGGAGACAGUGGGGAUGCGACGGAUGACGAGAUGGUUUCCAGGAAAACGCGCAGCUGUAAGGAGGGGCUGUAUCGAAACGGGCCAGAGUCUGACAGCAUAGACCAAGAAGAUCCAGAGGACAGCUUCCCUGGACCGUUCUCCCUCUCAUCUAGUAAAAGCCCUUCUUCCUCCUCAUCCUCUUCCUCCAGCAUGGCGGGGUCCAACCAGUCCCGCCCGCAAUCCUCUCCGAUCCUCUCGGGAACUUCCAAAUCACAGCCGGGAGCGUGGAGCAGCAGGUCGUGGCACGGUCGAGGUAAAGGCUGUUUUAAAGGCUUCCAGAAUCUCAUGAUUUCUGACAGCACGAUGAGCUUCAUUGAGUUUGUCGAGCUCUUCAAAUCCUUCAGUAUCCGAAGCAGGAAGGACCUGAAGGAGCUGUUUGACACCUUCGCUGUCCCCUGCAGUCGCUCAAGUCCAGAGUCUGCUCCUGUCUACACCCACCUCAGGAUAGACGACAAAGACACAGGGCUACAGCCAGACCUCGACUUAUUAACCCGCAACGGUUCUGAUCUCGGCCUGUUUAUCCGAAUGAGGCAGCAGAUGUCCGACAACCAGAAGCAGAUCUCAGACGCCAUCGCGGCAGCCAGUAUCGUGACCAACGGGACGGGAGUGGAAAACGCCUCGCUGGGUGUCUUGGGAUUGGCGAUUCCUCAGCUCAACGACUUCCUGGUCAACUGUCAGAGAGAGCACCUGAGCUACGACGAGAUUCUCAGCAUUAUACAGAAAUUUGAGCCCUCGUCAAGCAUGAGACAAAUGGGUUGGAUGUCAUUCGAAGGCUUUGCAAGGUUCCUGAUGGAUAAGGACAACUUUGCUUCUCGCAUUGAGGAGUCUCAGAUGAACCCAGAGGAGCUGCAGUACCCUCUGUCCUACUACUACAUCGAGUCCUCGCACAACACAUACCUGACCGGACACCAGCUCAAAGGAGAGUCCUCUGUUGAGCUGUACAGUCAGGUGCUGCUUCAAGGCUGCAGGAGCGUCGAGUUGGACUGUUGGGACGGAGACGACGGCAUGCCGGUUAUUUAUCACGGGCACACACUCACCACUAAGAUACCCUUUAAGGAUGUUGUAGAAGCGGUUAACCGGUCUGCGUUUGUCAAUUCUGACAUGCCGGUCGUCCUGUCCAUAGAGAACCACUGCUCCCUCCCGCAGCAACGCAAGAUGGCUGAAAUCUUCAAGACGGUGUUCGGGGAACGUCUCGUGACGCGCUUCCUCUUUGAAAGCGACUUCAGCGACGACCCUCACCUGCCGUCGCCUCUGCAGCUGCGCGGGAGGAUCCUCCUGAAGAACAAGAAGCUCAAAGCACAUCAGGCACCGGUGGACAUACUCAAACAGAAGGCUCACCAGCUGGCUCACAUGCAGGCCCAGGCCAGCAACGGGUCGCCAGGGGUUACUUCACCCGGCAACCACACAAACGAGGAAGAGGAAGAGGAAGAAGACGAGUACGACUAUGACUACGAGUCUCUGUCGGAUGAUAACAUCCUGGAAGACAAGCCAGAGGGGAAGAGCUCGGCAGACAAAGAAGAGCAACCUGUUGAUGAAAUCCCGAAGAGGAUGAAGAAAUCUGAUAGCACUACGCAGAGCAAAGGAAAGGUGUUUGACAUGGAGCUGGGCGAGGAGUUUUACCUUCCUCAGAACAAGAAGGAGAGUCGACAGAUCGCCCAGGAGCUGUCCGACCUCAUCAUCUACUGCCAGGCUGUGAAAUUCCCCGGCCUGUCCACGCUGUCUCCGGCCGGCUCUGGCAGAGGGAAGGACCGGGGAAAGAGCAGGAAGUCCAUAUUUGGCACGGCUCCUGCUCGCUGCAAUGCAACAGGAGAGGUCACGACCCAAAACCGCACCCCAGGGAAAGGUGGCGCAGAGCGGCUGAGCUGGGAGGAGCAGACGUCUCCCGUCCUCAACCCCCCCACCUCUCUCAGCGCCAUCAUCCGCACGCCCAAGUGCUACCACAUCUCCUCGGUCAACGAGAACGCCGCCAAGCGCCUGUGCCGACGUUACUCCCAGAAGCUGAUCCAGCACACGGUGUGCCAGCUGCUCAGGACUUACCCGGCGGCCACCAGGAUCGACUCGACCAACCCGAACCCUCUGCUGUUCUGGCUGCACGGCAUUCAGCUGGUGGCGCUCAACUAUCAGACUGACGAUCUGCCCAUGCAUUUGAACACAGCCUUGUUUGAGGCAAACGGCGGCUGUGGCUACGUCCUGAAGCCGGCGGUGCUGUGGGACCGGAGCUGCCCGCUCUAUCAGCAGUUCUGUCCGAUGGAGAGGGACGUGGAGAAAAUGAGCCCCGCCGUCUACUCCCUCACUAUCGUCUCCGGUCAGAACGUCUGUCCCGGGAACAGCGCUGGCAGCCCGUGCCUCGAGGUGGACGUCCUGGGCAUGCCCGUCGACAGCUGCCACUUUCGCACCAAACCCAUCCACCGCAACACCCUCAACCCCAUGUGGAGCGAGCACUUCCAGUUCACCGUGCACUUUGAGGACAUGUGUUUCCUGCGCUUCGCCGUGGUGGAGAACAACAGUUCGCAGACUACCGCUCAGAGGACUCUGCCUCUGAAAGCGCUCAAGCCAGGUUACAGACAUGUCCAGUUGAGGACACAACACAACGAGUCUCUCGAAGUGUCGAGCUUGUUCAUCUUCAGCCGCAGAACUGAGGAAGGACCUACCGGGGGCGCUAUCCCCUCAUCACUGCUGUUCAGCUCAGAGGAGAAACGUGCAUCGCAGCAGCACAGGGUGACGGUUUAUGGAGCUCCCGGUCCGGAGCCCUUCACCGUGUUCUGUGUCACAGAACAGACGACGGCCAAACAGCUGCUGGACGCGGUCGUAGCACCUGCAGGAAACCCGUCAGAGUACUUCCUGUGCGAGGAGAAGGUGCCGCUGUUGAAAGAACGCAGCGAGGUGAAGCGCUGCGCUCAGCAUCGUCCUCUGGCGCCUGAGGAGGAGGUGGUCAGACUGGUCUCCAGCUGGAACACCGAGGAGGGAUUCGUGGGGAGGAUCAGCCUCAAAACCAGAGAGGAGAACCUAAAUGAGAAGAACACGGUCCUGGAGGGAGAGGAGGAGGUGACUGUGGGAGGUAGAGAAGGAGGAGGAGGCGGAGGAGGGGGAAGUGGUGGAGGAGCAGCAGAGGACGAUAUGUUCUUCGUCCAGGUCCAUGAAGUUUCACCGGAGCAGCCUCACACUGUGAUCAAGGCCCCGCGCUACAGCACGGCCCAGGACAUCAUCCAGCAGACUUUGUCAAAGGCCAAGUAUUCCUGCAGCAUCCUGUCGAACCCCAACCCGUGCGACUACGUCCUGAUGGAGGAGGUGACCAAGGACGCCGGCUCCAAGAAGUCCUCCGCCGCUAAGCCCCUUCAGCGAACGCUGCUGGAUCACGAGUGCGUCUAUCAAGCUCAGAGCCGCUGGCGGGGCGCGGGGAAGUUCAUUCUGAAACUCAAAGAGCAGGUGGUGCGGGAAGAAAAAAAGAAAGUCAUUUCCUUCGCCAGCGAGCUGAAGAAGCUGACCAGCCGCAGCAGCCGCAGCAUGACGACCGGCAGUGGCGGCGGCGGCGGCGUGGACGGUCCGGCGCAGAGUAAGGAUGAUAGAGCUGCAUGCUGUGUGGCUCUGACAGAGCUCCAGGAGUGAGAGCUCACACUCUGCUGCCGUCUGUGCAUGGAAAGGCAACAGAGGGUAUCUGUCUGCAGCUGAGGGCCUGAAGGCGUGGGUGGGGGCAGGACGAUUCCUACAGGCCUCCUCCUCCUCCUCUUCCUCCUCCUCCUCCUACUUUCAAGGGCACCUCCAACCUGUCCACCUGCCCACCUCCUCUCUGACCUGGAAGCUUCACCUCCUCAGGAACUGGAAGAUCCACAAAUGAAUCAGGAGAGAGAAGACGACUCGGGUUGACUACUUCUAAACACGGAGAGGAUUCUGGUGGAGUUUUGGGUGAGGUCCUACGCGGCGUGGAAUUGUGAGAUAUGCUCCUCCUGAAGGAGUCUGAUCCUGUCUGACAGGAGCUCCGUUGAUGGGUUGGGGUUGUUCUGCCCGCUGUUGCAGGAGUUGAUUGGAAAUCCCACCCAGCGUCGCUUCAGAGCGCCGACGGUCACGAUGCAGGCAGGUAGCUCUGACUUGAUUUAUUGGUUGUAACGUGACUCCGCGAAGAGUUCACAGUUACGAGGGGCAGCUGCUGUUAUUGAAGUCAUCAGGGACACAAAAAAAAUCUUCUCUUAUAAAUAAAUAAAUAGGAGGAUGAAGAGGCGUGCCACUGUUAUCUCCCCGCAAAAAUGACGCCUGGAUUGAAGAGAUGUGUCCGAGCACGGUUUGAUUCUUCUGGCAUCGCACAGAAAGCACACAGCAGACGGAGGGAGAUCUGCUCGGAGAAAAAAAAUUAAUAAAUGGAAGGAGAGAUGUAGGAGGAUACGGCAACAGUAUUCUUCUCUUUCUCAGGUAUGGGGCUCUUUUCGUUGAGGGCAUUGUGAAGGAGGCUGACAAGCUGGCUUGUUUGGUUCUUUUCUUACUGUUCCACUUUCACAGUACUGUAAGGGCACAACGGAGUGAGACGACGAUCUACAUCUACAUCCUGUGAUCGACAUCGACAUCCUGUGAUGGAAGCGGUUUCUUACACUACACUACUGUCUCUGCCCUGAAGGUGGCGACACAUGAGCGGCAUUUUGAGGCAGUUGGAGGUGUUGAUCUGAACGUUGAUCUGCCUUAAAAUGUCGCAACGCCGCCUUUAACUUUUGGUAAUUUUGUCUGAGGAAGACGUGCGGGUCGUUUCACGAAGGAUCUUAGUUCUGUCAUCUUUGUCCACAAAUGAUUACAUCAACAGGCCAAAUCAAUAAUUAAUAGACACUUAAUUUUCUGUUACAAGAGAAGUUAAAUAUCGCUUAAACAGAAGUGGCCGUACAGGAUUUUUCUCCAAAAUAAAAUACUCUAACUAACUAUCAUAUAAAGGUUCAUCCAUUAUCUGUGACUGCCUAUCCCAGCUGACUUUGGCCAAGAGGUGGUGUACACCCUAGACUAGUCGCCAGCUCAUCACAGGGCACAUAGAGACAAACAACCGUUCACACUCACAUUCACACCUACGGCCACUUUAGAGUCACCAAUGAACCUGUUAAGUGCCCGCUUUGGACUGUGGGUGGAAGCCGGAGUACCGGAGAAAACCCACGCACACCCGAGGCGACAGUGCCAAACUCAGGUUCAAAAGCCCCAAAAAUAAACUUGGCAAAAUUAUGAUUUGAAUCCAAAAUAAUCUAAAAAUGCAGUACUUUGGCCACAUUUCACAAAAAUCUGACGGUCAAUACGAACAAGCUCCCGUGGCUAAACUGAGAAAUGGAAACACUUUGUAAGCACUGCUCACCCAGUGUCAGACCUAACUGAAGUACUGGAGUCACAGAGAUGAAGCUCAGUGGAAAAAGGCGUGCAGACUCGUCUCUCUGAGUGGAACGAUCACCUCAGCACUGAGAUCCUCGUACGAAAACGGCCUCGUCGUCUUCUUCAAACAGCAUUUUGCACAUUUGUUUUUCCUCUUGCUGUCAUCUUCAGUGUUUUUAUGUUGCUGUCUGAUAAACCACAGACACUUGAUUGUUAUGAGAUGGUCAAAAUGUUGUUCAUAUUUAUUACUUUUUUCAUUUUAGCCCAGUCCUGAAUGAAAAGUUUGUUUUUAUGAUAUUUGUCAAACUGAAACGAGCAUGCAGAGAUCCCCCACGUUAAAUAUGAACACGAUGAAUUACAUUUCACUUCAUUGGCCGACAUUUACUGCCCUCGAUUUUUGAAUGCAGCAUCUUUAUAGAUGAGUAUUGAUUGAUUGUCAAUGAUGACUUAAGGAUUUUCUUUAUUUCUCCUUACUGCUCAUUUCAAUUCUUACUAAAACUUGAUUUAUUUUCCCUGUGUUGAUGUGUAACAUUUCCAUAGUUUUGAAAUUAUGAUAAACAGAUAUUCUCUCUCUUUAGAAGAUAGUUUAGUUUUAUUUGGUGUCGGCUGAGACUUUUAAAUCCACGGUAAAAAAGUGCUUUACUGCACCGCAGACACAUGAAAACUUUGAUUCUGUAAGAUGUUUGAACCCACAAUGGUUAUUUAACAAGAAUAAAUUGUAUUUGUCUCUUUUUUUCUGACAUAAAACUCGUUGGAAAGUUUUCGAAAUCCUCGAACAAGAAUAACUUUAUUGAUCCCGCAGUGGAGACAUUUUUUUCACUAAAGUUUAACACGCCCUGGGAGCAGUCAGGGGUUUGGUACUUUCUGCUCGAGAUCCGUAGGGACCAGAGAGGGAGCCUGGUGAUCUCUCCAGCUACCAGUCCACAAACCACACAGUCCCUGCAGUCUGAGCUACUGCCGCCCCAACCAAGUGUAACGUUAUUUUAAAUGUUUGACUUUUAUUCUCUAGGCAGACGUAAAUGCCACGCGCCACAGAAAGAAUCGGACUGUUUGUCCUUUUUAAUUUGCUCAGUGCCAAGUAGUAAUGUUUGAAUUUGUUUAGUGCAAUAGUGACUUUAAGUGUCUUUAGGUUUGAACUCCUGACCUUUGACUUUGUUUUUAAAUGUGUCAAAACUGAUAUCAUUCACACACGGAGAUGAUCUGUUGUCAGCGGUAAGGCAGGACGAUGUUUAACGGUAUAACGAAGGGAGAUUUAGAUCGUGAUCCAAGAAACAACUCGCUGUAAUCCUUUUAUCCAUUCCAGCUUUUAUGCAAAUAAAAAUAAAAUAAAAAUCAGAACUGGUGAUUACUUCUAACUGCCAUGUCUGGAUAAAAGUGAUAUCAGCUGAUAGAAAUAUGUGAAAUGACUAAACAGAAAGGGACCUUUUCUGUUCGACAGUAAAUCCGUAACCGGUUCUUGUAAUCUUCAUCACGUUUCUUCACGUCGUUCCUCGUUUUCCUUCUUUCUAACCUGUAAACCUCAUUUCUGAAUGUAACAUUUCUUAACGUGUUGAACCUGAGACAAAUGUGUAUUUCUAUGUUAUUUAUUUGAAUGUGAAGCCCUGGUUGGCAGUUACCUGUUGUUGUUGUUGUUGAUGAUGUAUAAUUUCCUGUAAGUAGUUUUAAGUGUUGUUUUUUUAUUUAUUUCAAUAUGUGAGAGGAUAAACUCUCCACUGCCCGAAUUUUACUCAAAUUUAUGUAGAUACGUAAAGAAGUAUUUUACUUUCUGUGUAAAAUAUUAUUAUUCUGCAGUACACGGCAGCAUCUAAUGCCUGUUUUUUUAAUCAUUAUUAUUUUAUUGAGUUUUCAUAAAUGUGUACAAAAGCUGACAGUUCAUUCUUUGAAGGUUUUUUUUCUUUUUUUGGUGUAUUCAAUAUAUCCACUGAACAUGACGUGUGUUUGCUGACCGUGGGCUACGUUUCAUCUUUAGCACUCUGUCGUUUCCGUAAGACGUGCCGUAUACCCUUGAACAUCCACCAUCUGUGUUACCACGUGGCUGUCAAGUGAACAUUUGUCUAUUUACUUGAAUUUUUAAAAUGAGAAUUGGUGGAUUUGUCAUAUAUCAGGAUCACUAUAAGAAUAAAAACAUGAAUACUUAAAGCGUG